GCCAUUGCCGUGCUCCUCGACUUGUGCUUCUGCUUGCUGUUCAUCUGCUCUUGACCAAAAGAAUCAAGACCGUGGUUAGCUUGGGGGUUGGACCAAGAUGACCAUCACCAUUGAGCAGCCUCACCUCGAUGGUGCCGGCGAGAGGAAGGCCGCCGGCGACGACGCGGUGGAGCUUGUGCUCGACGGCGGCUUCGUCGUGCCGGAGUCCAACGCCUUCGGCAACAACUUCAGGAAUUACGACGAGGAGUCGGAGAGGAAGGAGACGGUGGAGGAGUUCUACCGUAUCAACCACAUCAACCAGACCUACGAUUUUGUGAGGCGGAUGAGGGAGGAGUACGGAAGGCUGGGGAGGACGGAGAUGGGGGUGUGGGAGUGCAUCGAGCUGCUCAACGAGUUCAUCGACGACAGCGACCCGGACCUGGACAUGCCGCAGAUCGAGCACCUCCUCCAAACAGCCGAGGCCAUCCGCAAGGACUUCCCCGACGACGACUGGCUCCACCUCACCGGCCUCAUCCACGAUCUGGGCAAGGUGCUGCUGCAUCCCAGCUUUGGGGAGCUUCCACAGUGGGCAGUUGUCGGCGACACCUUUCCCGUUGGCUGCGCAUUCGACGAAUGCAACGUCCACUUCAAGUACUUCAAGGAUAACCCUGACUACCAUAACCCAAAGUUCAACACCAAGUUUGGGGCUUACUCCGAGGGCUGUGGCCUUGAAAAUGUGCUUAUGUCCUGGGGCCAUGACGAUUACAUGUACCUGGUGGCCAAGGAGAACAAGACAACUCUUCCUUCUGCAGGGCUGUUCAUCAUCAGAUAUCAUUCCUUCUACCCUCUUCACAAGCAUGGAGCCUACAUGCAUCUGAUGAACGAUGAGGACAAGGAGAACCUCAAAUGGCUGCAUGUGUUCAACAAGUACGACCUGUACAGCAAGAGCAAUGUGAGGAUAGACGUUGAGAAGGUGAAGCCCUACUACAUGUCACUCAUCGACAAGUACUUCCCAGCUAAGUUGAGAUGGUAAACACUGAAAAGGGCAAAGAGAGAACAAGAAGAUUUAUUCCAAAUUAUCCUGUAAUAGAGUUCAGUUGGCUGUACAAGUUCAUAUAUAGUAAGUGUACCCAUUUUGUAUGUGAAGAUCACCAUUUGUUGAGCCAUGGGCGUGGAAUAAAAAGUUGACAGUGGUUGUUCUUUUGCAAACGUGCCUCUUUUUAAAAAAAAAAAAAAUCUACUGGCUA